AUGGAGACAACAACAAAAAACAAACAAUUGAAUGCGGGAGGUGUGGGAGUUCAAGAGAUGCUUCCCAUGAUACAAUUGAAAAGGAAACACCAAGCAAGUAAAAACAACAAUAAUGACAAAAACCGUAAGAAAUAUAAAAAGAAUCAUCAAAGAGAAGGUGCUAAUCAAGUGGAUCAGAAUGAAAAGGAUGAUAUACAUUACGUUAUUCGAAUCGAUGAGAAUAGCGAGUUGGAGUGCAACAUUGGUGGGGCAAAACUCAAAAUGCUUGUAGAUUCUGAGUAUAAAUGUAAUUUGAUUACUGGUCAAACAUGGCAAAAAAUGAAAAACGACAAAGUAAUGAUACAUAAACAAAAUCAGAAUCCUAAUAAAACGUUUUACGGGUACGGAAGUAUCAAACCACUACAUGUGAUAGGGUCUUUCGAGGCGAAUUUACAAAUAGAAGGCAGAUCGGAAAACGCUACUUUUUACAUUAUUGCUGAUGGCAUAAGGAAUUUACUGGGUAAAGAUACAGCUAUUUCUAUGGGUGUACUUAGAAUUGGAUUACCAGUAAACCAAAUGGAAAAAACUACGUCGUUCCCGAGGUUUAAAGACGUGUUAAUCGAAAUACCAAUAGAUAAAAAAGUACAACCAGUUUCUCAACCAUACAGAAGAAUUCCUAUACCACUAGAAGAAAAAAUAAGCAAUAAAAUAAAAGAACUAAUUGAAAGAGAUAUUAUCGAAGAAGUUCACAGCUCUUCAAAGUGGGUCUCUCCCAUAGUCCCUGUAUUAAAGGACAAUGUAAAGGUCCGUCUCUGUGUAGAUAUGAGAUGA